UAGUGUACUUGCGCGCAAGAACACUCUCGGAACCGCGAAUUAUUUCAUAAUAUCCAGUAUCCAGUAUCCGAGUUUACAGCUGGCGCUAUUAUUGGCGAUAGCGAUUAGCGACUAUGGCAUCGUGAUUACCUAGGAACUGGGCAUAAAGAUACUAGGCAAAUUUAGAAAGUUACUUCCUGUCCUCCCCGAGGACGCGAACUUUGAUGAAACGCGCUCUACAUGACGUGGUUUGAUCCAGCCCACCAUGGCGCAUCCGAAUACCCGCGAGAAGGAUGUGCCAAGAGCGCCUCCGGGACGCAUUAGCGGCCAUACCCUUACCAUGCCGAUAUCUCACACGGAGUCCGACCGCGCUAUCGCGAAGAUACCGCCGCCGGAUAUCAGCUUAGAACAGCAGCAGCUCGACCUGCUCGGCCCGGCUUACGUGCUGGAUUGGACGGACCAGCAACGGGGCUGCGUUCGGAAGCGCAUCAGCGGCGCGGAGGAGCUGCGCGCGAGCAUUUUCCAAGGGGAAGAAGACGCGCGGAUCCGAGGGCGUCGCGUAUUCGUCAUCCAAGGCUUGCCCGCGGAGUACCUGCCGGUUCUGCGAGACGAGCUCGGCGUCGACGUGCGCUUCCUCGAGGCACACGUGGCGAGGCGGGCUUAUACGCCGCUAAUCAAACGGAGUAUGCGUAGAGCCGGUGAUAUGAGCGACGCUUCGGCUAAGAAAGCUAAGUACGCUUGCUUCGAGUACCCGGAGCUGUUGACGUCGGCGAGGAGGAUGGCAACGACGACGACUACUACUACCGGCAGGCAGACUUCUUUGGAUGUGCCGAGGGCUGGUGCUGGCGGUGAUAUCGUUAGCGAAGCGCCUACACACGUGAUAUCGAACGAUGGGGGAUGUGUCAUGUUCUGCCGUGCUUCGGUUUGGUUAGGUUCUAAGGCAGAUGUUCUGCUCCUAGACCGCCCAACGUGGACACGACCCUCCUCCGAGUUCCGCAAAGCAGCCUAUCCCUCAUCAGGGCCGGUCAACACCUCCCUGAUCCCCGACGCCGGAAAGGCGAAGGGAAGCAGCGUCGGUAGCGAUACGCUACACAGCGAACACACUAGCAGCGAUAGGGAUGAGAUUUCGAGCUUGGAGACCCUUCUAUACCAAAGCCUAAUGGAAGAAAUCGACGAGCACGUGUCCAUAGACCAGCCGACGCUUAUCGAAGACAUCGCCAUACACCAGUGGAUCGAGUUCUUCGAAGCGCUGCCUGCCGCGGACCUCCCCUUCAACUCAUCUGAAACGGGCUCUUUAUACCGGCAGGUACAGAACAGCCUCGAGCGAAACCUAAGCCAAUCCGAAUUCCGCGACAAGGCGCCCGAAGGCAGCUACGUCAAAUCAUCCGCCGCACCGGCCUGGGAAUCUCUCCUCUCGCGCCUGAGCCGGCGCGUCAGCCUACUCAGCUACCUCAACCUGCCUCCCACCACCAUCACCACCACACAAAGCAUACCCACAUCCCCUUCCCCGUCAUCCUCAGCGUCCAACCCCCGCGCCCAAUUCGCCGCCACCGGCCUACCGCCGCAGACCUCCCACCGCUCCCCCGUCGCCUCGGAGCAGAACCAGCAGAGCCUGGACCGGGUAUCCUACAUGGGCGGGAUCCUCCUGCCCUUGUCCAUCGUAUCCAGCAUCCUGUCGAUGAGCGACCCGUUCAACCCGGGCGGGAGCCAGUUCUUCGUCUUCUGGGCCGUGUCCAUCCCGUUAGUCGUUAUCGCGAUAAUCAUCAUCUACGCGGACUCGAUUCGCAAGGCCGAGGUUUGGAUCGAGGUCGCUAGCAGUAGUAGUAACGGCAGCGCGGCGGGGGAGGAGAAGCAUGAUGAGGAGGAAGAAGAGGGGAUUUCGAUGCCGGAGUUUGAGGGGAGGGCGGGGGCGCCGGGGUUGGCGAGGAGGAGGGUGCGGACUAGGAUGGAUGGGACGGGCGUGGGGCCUGGGAUGGUGGAGUGCGAGUCUGAUGAUGGAUAUGGAUUAGAGGAGUGGGAUGAGCCGCCGGGUAUGAUGGUGGAGAAGAUGUUUAAGAACGCCGGGAAGAAGAAGUGGCGCAGGGAACAGCUUGGAUGGAUGGGCGCGUGUAAGGCUGUCUUCCGGAUCUAUAAGCUCAAGAAGGGUAGGCCGCCUAACUGGGCGACGAAUGUGAGACGUGGGAACACGGUUUAGAGACACAGACAUGCAUUGCGACGAGCAGGCAUUAUGUAACAUGUUAUAUUUAGCUUAAAUGUAUAUACAAGAUUCAGGGGCGGAUUGCUCUCCCUAUUAACAUUUAAUUCUCAAGGCUCUUAGUCUUCUGGUCACGCUCAUGAUCAUGGUUUGUGAUACACAAUCGAAAAUGGACUACGAGCUGCAUGUCCGGCAUCGCCUUCACGGUCUCCUUACACCAGUCGUGGGCGUGGUCAAAUUUCUGUAUCGUGUGAAGUACGGCACCGGGUUCGAUCAGGGACC